AUGAUGGACCAAAGAUGGAGAUCAGGGCUCUUGCAGAUCCUCGGCGCCACCACCCAAAGUACUGUACUUCGCUCACUCCUGAACGAACCAAAGUCGUUCAUGUCGGCUCUGUCGCACAGAAAAAGGGCGGAUGCUGACCUGACGAGCUUUUCGGCCUGCGACGGCGCCGCCAAUUCUUCUGAGACAACUCUCUGCUCUUCAUACUUUUCAUGGGCGCCAUGUGGCGCCGGUCAUCCGCAAGGACUUGCCUUUAACCGGCACCAGGCGGAUCAGAUCCCGAGAGCUGAUGGUCGCAAAUUCAAUUCGCUUGAGGCUGCCGAGCUUCCCUAG